CAGGAUGCGGCUUUGAAAAUUCUCACCAACACCAACACCAACACCAGGCAGCCCUGUGAAAAUGGAGUCUUCAUAGACCAGCAUAGUGACAUUGACAUUUCAUUCUCCAUAGCAGACAUGAUCCCUGGGGCAGAAAUGGUGAAUAUUGCAGAAGGGACCCCAGUGAUCAAUGGCCUGCUAGCGCCAGGUCCCAGCGCCCAGGACGAGGCAGUGCCACGUGCGUACUUCCCAGAGACGUGGCUGUGGGACCUGGAGCUCGAAGGGGGCUCCAAGGACGUCCCAGUCUCGGUGCCCGACACCAUCACGGAGUGGAAAGCUGGGAUGUUCUGCACGGCGGAGGUGGGCUUUGGGCUCUCGCCCACCGCAACCUUCACGGCCUUCAAACCCUUCUUUGUGGAGGUGGCCUUGCCGUACUCUGUGAUUCAGAGAGAGGCCUUCGCCCUAAAGGCCACCGUCUUCAACUACCUGCGGCAGUGCAUCAAGGUGCGAGUGACGCUGGCCGAGUCUGCGCAGUUCCAGGUGCAGGUGGGCGAGGACGGCGCCUACACCAGCUGCCUCUGUGCAGAUGAAGAGAAAACCUUCCAGUGGGAGGUGAUGGCGAGCAGCCUGGGGGAAGUGAACUUCACCGUCAGCGCCGAGGCUCUGCACACCGAGGAGCUGUGCGGCACAGAGGUGGCCGUGGUGCCGGCCCAGGGGCGAGUGGACACCGUGAUAAAGCCCCUGCUGGUCCAGUCGGGGGGGAUCCCGGAGGAGAAGGCGCACAGCUCCCUGCUCUGCCAGGAAGCAUCCGAAGAAAUCUCCUUGCAGCUGCCAGUGAAUGUCCUGGCAGGGUCCGAGCGGGCCCACAUAACUGUCCUGGGAGACAUAAUGGCCACGGCUCUGCAGAACAUAGACCGCUUGCUGGGCAUGUCCGAUGAUAAUGGAGAGGAGAACAUGGUCCGGUUUGCUCACAACAUCUACACCCAGCAGUACCUGGAAAAGAGCGGGCAGCUGAGCACGGAGAUCAGAGACAAGGCCCAGGGAUUCCUCCAGAGCGGCUACCAGCGCGAGCUGCUCUACAAACACAAUGAUGGCUCUUACAGCAACUUUGGGGAGAGCGAUGCCAAGGGCAACACCUGGCUGACGGCCUUCGUUCUCAAGUCCUUUGGCCAAGCCAGACCCUACAUCUCCAUCGACGAGAAGCACCUAGAGGACGCCCUAGGGUGGCUGCAGCGCCACCAGCAGAAGACCGGCUGCUUCCGCAGUGUGGAUAAUCUGUGGAACAACGCUCUGCAGGGCGGCGUGGUGGACGAGCUCUCUCUCUCGGCUUACAUCACGGUGGUGCUGCUGGAGCUGGGGCAGCCGCUCACGGACCCCAUGGUUACCAGGGCCCUCCAGUGUCUCCGGAAGUCGAGCACCAGUGACCUCUACACUCAGGCGCUGCUGGCCUACGCCUUCGGGCUGGCGGGGAGCAGUGAACUGCGGGACACCCUUCUGCAGCACCUGGCCCAGCACAGCGUCAGCGCCGGGGAACAGCUCCACUGGCAGAGGAAGGUGAAGGCCCUGCCCAGCCCCUAUGGGAACCAGCCCCCGUCGGUGGAGAUGACGGCUUACGUGCUCCUGGCCUAUCUCUCCCUGCCCAAUGUGUCUGCUGCCGACAUGGGGACCGCUGCCCAGAUCGUCCGCUGGCUCACCAAGCAGCAGAAACCUUAUGGGGGCUUCUCCUCCACGCAGGACACGGUGGUGGCCCUGCAGGCCCUGGCUAAAUACGCAGCCCUGACGUACAGCCCGAGCGGGGCUGUGUCGGUGACGGUGAGCUCCCAGGCCGGGGCCCGGCAGCAAUUCCACGUGGAGAACGCCAACCGGCUGGUGCUGCAGCGAGCGGCCCUGCAGGAGAUCCCCGGGCAGUACACGGUGCGGGCCAGUGGCAAGGGCUGUGUCUUUGUGCAGCUGACUCUGCGCUACAACGUGCCGCCCCCAAAGAGCGCCGCGACCUUUGACCUGUGGGUGGAGACGGAGCCGAAGGAGUGCACCGAGAGCGCCAGAUCCCGCUUCAGCCUCGUGCUGCACGCCCUGUACAGUGGGGAGUGCCCAGCCACCAACAUGGCCAUCAUCGAGGUCAAGCUGCCGUCCGGCUACACCCCCGUCAAGAGGUCCCUGCAGCAGCUGGAGAAGCAGCGUUUGGUGAAGAGGCUGGAGGUGCAGAAUGACCAGGUGACACUCUAUCUGGACCAGCUGACGAAGGAGGCGGUGAGUUUCACCUUCUCCCUGGAGCAAGAUUUCCCUGUGAAGAAUCUCAGAGCAGCCCCAGUGAGACUGUAUGAUUACUACGAGACGGGUGAACACACAGAGGCUGAGUACAGCGCCCCCUGCGGCUCAGCCCCUGAUGCCUACAUGAUGGGAAAUUCUCAAUGAGGCCCCCUCCCCUCCUGUCCCAAGAGCCCCGCGCCGGCAGCCGACACCCCAGGAUCGGGGGGGCAUGGACAGGCCUCGUCUCAGCUGCUGCUCUUCCCUGAACCAGCUGCACUAUCCCCCUUAGCACCUUCUUCAGCCAGCGCCUCCCUGUUCGCUCUGCAAACAUCCCACCUGCUCUCCCAUCUCUCAGCCUGCAGACCGGCCCGCGUGAUCCCAGCUGUCUGUCACACGCAGGGACCAGUGGCUGCAGUGGGGACCCCUGGGGUUUGCUGCCCAUCCUGCCUGGAGCAGCAGGUUCAGUGUAAAACAAAAUACAAAAACCCACCUCUUUGUGAGGCUGUUUUGUUGCUUUGUUCUUGCCCUGCUGCUGCUCCUCACACGGUUCCUGUGCAUCCUUAGAGCAGCGAGAUCCUGGGACCGUGGCUCUGUCUCCUUCCCCAGCCCUUCGGUCAUUGCUGUGGGGUUUGGCUUUAACCCUGGGUCAGGCAGCGUCAGCGACAGCCUCCCGGGUUCCAGCCCCGCCUGGCAGAGCUGCCCUCGUUACACACAUCUACAUGAAAAUGAACCAAUUCAACUCUGGGCAACAUGCACUUCCCUAACUGCGGAGGGGCAAUAGAUGGCAUGCAUUUUCCAAUUCUGGCAGCAGAUCACCUAGCCACCGAGUACAUUCAUCGCAAGGGGUAUUUCUCUGUGGUUCUCCAGGCGCUUGUGAAUCACCGUGGGAGUUUCACAGACAUUAACGCAGGCUAGUCC